CAUCACUGCAUCAUUCGUCGCAAACCCUCUUUCCAAAUAAACAGUCGUUGAUUCAAAACUUCAUAGCCCUCCCUUUUAGAUAUUCUUCGAAAUCUCGUCAAGAUGUCAGGCGAGGUGCUACGGGCUGAGAAGGACUAUUCGAAGGAGGUGGACAAGCUAUUGCCAGAAGCUGAGCAGCUCGCUAAGUCGAAUCCACAAGCCGCCAUCGACAAGCUUCUUGUGCUAGAGAAGAAGACCAGACAGGCGUCAGAUCUCCCCUCAACAUCGAGGAUCCUCACAGCGAUAGUCACGAUAUGUAAAGAUGCGAAGGACUGGAAGCUGCUGGACGAGCAGGUGGUUGCGUUGUCGAAGAAGCAUGGACAGCUGAAGCAAGCCACCACCAAGAUGGUUCAAGUCGUCAUGGGCUUCCUGGACGACAUGCCAGAUCUCGACAGAAAGCUGGCGACCAUUGAGACACUACGCACGGUCACGGAGGGCAAGAUCUUUGUCGAGGUCGAGCGAGCCCGCGUGACACGCAUGUUAUCUGAUAUUAAAAGGGGGCAAGGUGACAUCAAGGCGGCGCGAGACAUUCUAUGCGAGCUGCAGGUCGAAACUUUCGGCUCCAUGUCGAGGCGGGAGAAGACUGAGUUCAUUCUAGAUCAGACUCAGCUUUGUAUAGAUAGCGGCGACUGGACGCAGGCCGCCAUACUAGGACGCAAAAUCAGCACGCGAUAUUUUACGAGGAAACCCAAGAAAACGCCUGAGCAGCUGGAGAAGGAGCGCAAGGAGAGAGAAGAGGCGGAGAAGAAACGUAGCGUGGAUGAUCCAGUUCCAGAGCCAGAGGACGACGUCACAGACCUCAAGUUGCGGUAUUACGAACAACAGAUCACCCUGGCGAAGCACGACGACAAGUAUCUAGAGGUGUGCAAGCACUAUCGACAAGUUUUGGACACCGAGCUGGUCGAAGAAGAUCCAGAAAAGCUGAAAGCGACGCUACAGCGUGUCUGCUGGUACAUCCUCCUUGCUCCCUAUGAUAACGAACAGUCCGACCUUCUCCACCGUAUCAAGUCUGACACUCGCUACGCCGAGCUCCCCCGCGAGCAGCAACUCCUACGUCUUUUCACCACUCACGAAAUCAUGCACUGGCCCAACAUUGCGGCCAGCUAUGCCGACUAUCUCGGCGCGACAGACGUGUUCUCUGUGAACGAGCCGCCGCCUUCGGCGCCAGAGAACGCCAAGAAGGCAUUCCAGCGCUGGCAGGAUCUGCGCAAGCGUGUCAUCGAGCACAACGUACGCGUCGUGGCAAAAUACUACACGCGCAUUCGCAUGCCGCGCCUUUGCCAGCUGCUCAACCUGACGGAAGAUGAGACGGAGAAGUACAUCAGCGAUCUUGUCACAGCCAAGACCAUAUACGCCAAGAUCGAUCGUCCCGCACGGAUCAUCAGCUUCGCGAAGCCUCGAGACGCCGACGAUGUGCUGAAUGAGUGGAGUAGCAACAUGAAAACUCUGCUCGGUCUCUUGGAGCGCAUUGACCAUCUGAUCACGAAAGAGGAGAUGAUGGCGCGCAUUGCUCCAAAGUCAAAUAAGGUCAAGCCAAGGGCCGAAGAAGGCAUCAGUGCCAAAUAGUGCGUCAGAACGUGCCGCUCGUUGUGUUUGCUUGCUGCGACAGAUCACACUCGCUGCUGCAGGAAAACUACACCCACUGCUUUCAAGCAGGAGGCAGGUGGGAUUCGGAAGGAUCGCACGACGUGGUUUUUUUUAUUUUUCAGACCUCCGCCACGCCCUCAAAAAAAAGACUAGAAGGAGAAGCAAGAUUUGCCCCUUAAGCUUUGCGGCAAAUGGAAAAGCGGGUUGUACACUAUCGCUCACGAUUUAGAACGUAGCUAAAGGAAGGAGGGGCGUCCCUGUCUGCUGGGAAGCUGAGUAAUGAAUAUACACAAGUUGCAUCCCCCGUUCCCGAUUCGAAUAGGAUGCAAAGUUGAACAAAGAG